GAAAAGCAAAAGUUUCACGUAGCAUUGUUUGAAUCGUUUGCGGAGUUGGUGUGCUUUGGAGUGCUCGAUGAAACUAGACCUCGGAAAGUCACACUCACACGUGCAAUGCGUCCCCUUCCACAACAUCGGCGAAAGGGAGCUGCUCCCAAAAAGAGAUCUCCCCCCGCUCCUCCACCAAGGGUUAGACGUGAUAGUGGACCAACAGAGGGCUCUCCUCGGAAGAAAAAGCGGUUCCGACCCGGUACAAAAGCCCUGAUGGAAAUCCGGAAGUAUCAGAAAUCCACAGACCUUCUGCUUCGCAAAGCACCCUUCUCCCGUCUGGUGAGGGAGAUCUGUAUGAGUUUCUGUCGAGAUGACUUAAGGUGGCAGGGCUACGCUCUUCUGGCUCUUCAGGAGGCAGCUGAAGCGUUUCUGGUGCGUCUCUUCUCCGAUGCCAACCUGUGUGCCAUCCAUGCCAAAAGAGUGACCCUCUUCCCCCGAGACCUGCAGCUGGUACGCCGCAUCAGAGGAGUGGAGCGGCUCUGAGGCAAGGUGUCUACUGACCUGCCAACGGCUCAUUUAAGGACACUUAUACAACCUUUUGGUAGGGGAUGUCAUUGACGACUGGAGAGAAUCCGGUUCUGUUCUGUCUGAUCUAGACUGUUUGGACUUAUAAUAAUAUGGAACCAUGCCGUAUCUAAUCAAGAACCAUUCCACAGUCAACUACUCUGGUGGGAAGAGAUGUAAAUCCAGGGACUGCUUAUGGCUACAUGGUCAGCUGCACAGUCAGACUCAGAAUACAUGAGUUAUUAUUUUUACAUGAUGUUCUGUAUAGUUUUAAAGCUGUAAAUUAAUUGUGUGUGAACAGUGGAUGUUUUUUUUAAUGUACCGAGUUCUUCAUUAUGUGGCUGGUCAUAAUAUGUGACGGCUCAGAGCUGACCGAUCAGCACAGUCAGACUGUGGGGCUACAUAUUGUGUUUUUGUUUUUGUAUGUAUAAUAUUCAUGCUGUUUGUAUCAAUAAAUUGUGAUACUUUUUUAUUAUUA